AGAACAAGCUCUUAGUUUGAGUCGCUCAUUCCUACCAGAUCAUAAAAUCCAUCCACUGUAACUAAUAGAGUUUACUAUAAAGGGGCAUGAAAAGUUAAUCUUUUAGCAGCACCAUUUAAACAAAAAAAAAGAAGAGAACAUUACACUUUGAGGUAGUAGUGAUGGAAUCAGAAGAGGCUUCUUUAUCAGCGCCUUCAACGCCGACGACACCAGCCACUCCCGGUGCUCCACUGUUCACGAGGUUCAAGCGCGAAAAGGGCACUGGCGGGAAUGUCAAUAAAAACUCCUUUCUCAAGAGCUGCAAGUGCUUCAAUGUCAAAGGAUGGGGUUUAGAGGAGGGAAGCUUGCCUUCUGUCUCAUGCACAUUGCCCUCUCCUCCUGUGUCUCUAGCAAGAAAGGUUGGAGCGGAGUUCAUAGGGACAAUGAUACUAAUAUUUGCAGGAACCGCAACAGCCAUUGUCAAUGAAGAAAGGAAAGGAAGUGAAGGGUUGGUAGGACUCGCUGGAUCGACCGGUCUUGCUGUUAUGAUUAUCAUUCUUUCCACUGGACACAUCUCUGGGGCUCAUCUCAAUCCAGCUGUCACUCUUGCCUUUGCUGCUCUAAAACACUUUCCCUGGAGACAUGUACCUGUGUACAUUGGGGCACACGUGAUGGCAUCAUUGGGGGCAGGAUUCAUAGUAAGGGCAGUUUUCCAUCCCAUAAUGGGGGGUGGAGGUGUGACAGUUCCUUCUUCUUUUUCUGGUGGGGGUGGCAAUUGCCUUCAAGCUUUUUCCUUGGAAUUCAUCAUCUCCUUCAACCUUAUGUUUGUUGUUACAGCGGUUUCCACCGACACUCGAGCUGUUGGAGAGCUUGCAGGGAUUGCAGUGGGAGCCACUGUCGCACUAAACAUUCUUAUAGCUGGGGAAAUAACGGGAGCUUCUAUGAAUCCGGUGCGAACUCUUGGACCAGCAGUGGCAGCAGGAAACUACCGAGCUAUUUGGGUAUACUUAACUGCCCCUAUCUUGGGUGCUCUUGCUGGUGCAGGUGCAUAUUCUGCAGUUAAACUGCCUGAUGAAGAUGCCCAACAUCAUCAAAAGGCUUCACUUGAACAUCUGAUCAAAACGUAAUCGAUCAAAUCCACAUAACACCUAAUUCUAUAAUUUUUUAAAAAGAGAAGUAUCUACAGAACAAUGAGUGGGAACAUGCCCAUACAUCCUUCUUUUCUCGGUACCUUGUGCUAUUACAUUGGAUGUCUAUAUGGCUUAUUAUGG